AUGGCGAAUAAGUAUUUGGUCCUGGCAAUUAUUAUGAUUAUUGCAUUGAAUGAUUGCAAUUCAUUAGCACUAGAUGGUAGUGAUACGCUUCUACCGGGGGAUUCGCUGGCUGGAAAUCAGACCAUAACAUCAAAGAAUGGGACGUUUGAAUUGGGAUUUUUCAGUCCGAAAGGAACGAAUAAUUGGUACAUUGGCAUCUGGUACGCACAAAUCUCUCCCAAGGUCAUUGUUUGGGUGGCCAACAGAGAUAAUCCUGUUACAAGCGUGCCCGGCGUCCUGAAAUUUUCAAGCCACGGUCGUCUCAGACUGUUUGGUAGAAAGGGCCGGUCUGUGUGGUCGACUGAAGUUGGUCUGAAAGGGUCGCAGGCAAUUAUAACGGAGCCGGGCAAUUUCAUUAUGCUGGGUGACGGCCACAACAAGUCUGAGAUUGUCUGGGAGAGUUUCGCUCAUCCGGGAAAUACAUGGUUGCCUGCCAUGAAGAUGUGGAAAGGCAUGAAGUUAACUUCGUGGAAGAGUUCUGUGGAUCCUGCAACUGGGCUCUUCUCUGUAGGAAUGGACAUUUCUCCAGGAAAGACGCAGAUGGUAAUGGUCUAUAACAGCAGUGUUCCAUAUUGGUCCACUGGAGAGUGGACCGGGAGAUAUUUUGCCAACGUUCCGGAGGCAUAUGCUCCUAAGGAAUUCAUGAUGUCCUGUGUGAGUGUUUCUCCUUCAAAAAUAUACACUACUUUUAGUGUAUUCGCGGUACAUACCCUCACAGGGCGAUUCCAGUUCGAUGAGAAUGGCGAAUUACGCCUUUACUACUUGAAGGAUGAUGGUACUUGGAUUCAGGAAUGGUCCACAUACCGCGGUCAAUGUAAUGCCUAUGAUAUCUGUGGGGCGUAUGGACUGUGUAAUGCGAAUGAUGUAUGUAGUUGUGCUGAGGGUUUCACACCCAAGCAUCACACUCAAGGUUUGUUGUCAAGUGGGUGUGCUCGGCGAAGACCCCUGCAUUGCUCCACCGACGGCUUCUUGGAAUCCAAGAACCGAUAUUUGCCCGAAGAAGAAGCUGUUUCAUACAACAACGAGUCAACACUGCAAGACUGUAGGACUGCUUGUCUCAACAAUUGCUCCUGUACAGCCUUCGCUUUCGUUAUUUCUGAUCUACCGAUCUGUAGACUGUGGUUUGGGGAAUUUUUCAAAAUGCGUGUUUCAUCUGACAGCCAAUCCAUCUUCAUUCGGCUGGCUGCUUCUGAGUUGCCGCAGUUGACAUCAGAGAGAAAGAAGAAAGCCCCUGCACUUCACAUUGUACUUCCUGCUGCCACGGCCUCCUCUGCUGUUUUAGCUAUCCUCUUGGCCGCAUUUAUUCUCUGGAAACGUCGAAGACUGCUGAAUGAAAGCUUGGAAGAGGAUGCGCCGAUCUCUCUCAAAAUGUUCACUUACAAAGAGCUACGAGUCGCAACCGAGAAUUUCAAGCAUAAGCUGGGAAGCGGUGCAUUCGGGUCCGUGUUCAAAGGAACUCUGGCAGACAGCACGCUUGUUGCGGUUAAAAGAUUAGAAGGUUCCGCAGGAGCAGAAAAGCAAUUCCGUGCAGAAAUAAGUACCAUCGGGAAAAUACAGCAUGUGAAUUUGGUCAGGCUCUGCGGAUUCUGUGUAGAAAAAUCUCGAAGGAUGCUGGUGUAUGCUUAUAUGCCCAAUGGCUCUCUAAAUUGUGUUCUCUUCUCUAAGGAGGAAGAAGCAGAGAAGGUGUUGGAUUGGAAGACCCGGUUUCAGAUCGCAUUGGGCACUGCACGAGGAUUAGUUUAUCUCCAUGAGGAAUGCAAGGAUCGUAUCAUUCACUGCGAUAUUAAGCCUGAAAACAUUCUUUUGGACAGCAACUUCAGCCCGAAGAUAGCUGAUUUUGGGUUGGCAAAGCUGGUGGGCAGAGAUUUCAGUCAUGUAUUGACAACCACGAGAGGAACUCGAGGAUACUUGGCUCCUGAGUGGAUCUCGGGCCUUCCUAUCACUCCCAAAGUAGAUGUAUACAGUUUUGGUAUGACGUUACUGGAAAUUAUAUCCGGUCGAAGGAAUCUCGACAUGAAGGUGGCAGAGAGCAGGUUCUACUUUCCUACUUGGGCUUCAUCCCAAAUUCAGAGAGGAAACAUAAUAGGUCUUGUUGAUGUAAGAAUAUCAAGUGAGGCGAAUAUCGAAGAGGUGAGAAGAGCCGUUGUGGUUGGGGAACUGUGCAUUCAAGACGAUGAGAAUCAGAGGCCGACCAUGGUUGAAGUGGUGAAGAUGUUGGAAGGGACGAUGGAGGCUCCAGUGCCACAAAUACCGAGGUCUCUACAGGUGCUGUUAGAUCAGGUAGAAGACGAUGAAAGCGAUACCAUUGGUCAACAGUCAACAUAA